CUGAAACAGAGAAGAAAAUCCCUAUCCAGUGUGGAAGCCAUAAAAUGUAAAACACAGGAGCUGUCAGCAGCCAUACAUCUUGCCAUUUGGAACCAGCUGGUCUGCAAUGAAAAAGGAGCUGACAUGCAAAAUGCAGCAGAGGAAUCAAACUCAAAGCCUUGCACUUACCAGGACCAUGUGUGCUCAGUACUGCAUCUCCUUUGCUGAUGUUGAAAAAGCACAUACCAACAUUCGAGAUUAUAUACACCUCACACCAGUGCUAACAAGCUCCAUUUUGAAUCAAGUAGCAGGGCGCAAUCUUUUCUUCAAAUGUGAACUCUUCCAGAAAACUGGAUCUUUUAAGAUUCGUGGUGCCCUUAAUGCCAUCCGAGGAUUAAUUCCUGCCACUUUAGAAGGGAAGCCCAAAGCUGUUGUUACUCAUAGCAGUGGAAACCAUGGCCAGGCUCUCACCUAUGCUGCCAAAUUGGAAGGGAUUCCUGCUUAUAUUGUGGUGCCCCAAGCAGCUCCUAACUGUAAAAAACUGGCAAUAAAAGCCUAUGGAGCCUCCAUAAUAUACAGUGAACAGAGUGAUGAGUCUAGAGAAAAGGUUACAAAAAGAAUUAUGGAAGAAACAGAAGGGAUCCUGGUACAUCCCAACCAAGAGCCUGCAGUAAUAGCUGGGCAAGGGACAAUUGCCCUAGAAGUGCUGAACCAGGUUCCCUUGGUGGAUGCACUGGUGGUACCUGUAGGGGGAGGAGGAAUGGUUGCUGGAAUAGCAGUUACAGUUAAGGCUCUGAAACCUACUGUAAAGGUAUAUGCUGCUGAACCCCUGAAUGCAGAUGACUGCUACCAGUCCAAACUGAAAGGGGAAUUGACCCCCAAUACUUAUACUCCAGAAACUGUAGCAGAUGGUGUCAAAUCCAGCAUUGGCACAAACACCUGGCCUAUCAUAAGGGACCUUGUGGAUGAUGUCUUCACUGUUACAGAGGAUGAAAUUAAGUAUGCAACCCAGCUUGUGUGGGAGAGGAUGAAACUACUCAUUGAACCUACAGCUGGAGUUGGAGUGGCUGCUGUGCUGUCUCACAACUUUCAAACAGUUUCUCCAGAAGUAAAGAACAUUUGUAUUGUUCUAAGUGGUGGAAAUGUAGAUUUAACCUCCCUAACUUGGGUGAAGCCAGCUGAAAGACCAGGUCCUUAUUAGCCAUUCAUUUAUGUAAA